GUGCUUACAAUGACAGUUGCAACAAAGAAGAUCAUCUUCAAUGGCUUCCAAGACUCUUCAUAUCUUCUUCUCUCUUCUUCUAAUCCAAAAUCAUGUCUCAGCAGGCCAAGAUGCAGUUCGAUCGGCUUACUGGUUUCCAGGCAGUGGGAUCGAAGCCAAAGCCAUAGACUCCACUUUGUUCACCCACCUCUUCUGCGCUUUCGCCGAUCUUGAUGCCAGCACAAACCAAGUCAUCGAUUCACCCGCAAACUCCGGCCCAUUCUCGCAAUUCACCCAAAUAGUCCAGCUCAAUAACCCUAAUGUCAAAACCCUUCUCUCCAUUGGCGGUGGAAAGGCCAACAAUGCCGACUAUGCUUCCAUGGCCAGCCAAGAAAGUUCCAGGAAAAGCUUCAUCGAUUCUUCAAUAUCACUAGCCAGAAAAUAUGGGUUCCACGGCCUGGACCUCGACUGGGAGUACCCAGAAACCGCCGCCCAAACGGCCAACCUCAAGCUGCUUUUCAACGAGUGGCGUGCUGCCGUGGCCGCCGACGCUCAGGCCACUGGAAAACCGGCCUUGCUUCUCACAGCAGCUGUUUUCUAUAAACCAAAGGUUAAUGGAGUGGAUUAUGAUAUUGAUUCCAUAGCAAAUGGAUUGGAUUGGAUCAACUUGAUGGCUUAUGAGUUCUAUGAUCCUACCAGGUCUUCAGUGACAAAAUCUCACGCUGCAUUGUAUGAUCCAGCAGGAGAUGAUCAUAUCAGUUGUGAUGAUGGGGUUGCAGAUUGGAUUAAGGCUGGUUUGAGCCAGAAGAAGCUGGUUCUUGGGUUGCCAUAUUUUGGGUUUGCUUGGAGGCUGCAGGAUGCUAAUAAUCAUGGCCUUGAGGCUCCGGCCAGCGGUGCAGUUGGCGCCGAUAAAGGGGUCAUGAGGUUCGACGAAAUCAAGGCCGUUCUGAACAGUGCCACGGAUGUUUACGAUGAGACCAUUGUCACGAACUAUUGCUAUUCUGGGACAACUUGGAUAGGGUACGAUGGUGCCGGGACUAUUUCCACCAAGGCUUCUUACGCUAAGCAAAAGGGUUUGCUUGGUUACUUUGCUUGGCAUGUUGCACAGGAUGAUGACGACUGGACACUUUCUAAAGAAGCCCAGAAAGCAUGGGGAGCAUGAAAGCCAUAAAUGUGAUCAUAUAUAGAGAUUAAUCAGAAUAAGAAGGCCCUUUAAUAUAAAAAGCCUUAUUAUACUGAAAAAGCUGAAUAAAAUAAAGUUUUUGUCCCCAUCGUUCUAAUGCACAGCAAUAUGCUACAUAAUUUCGACAAUGAUAUGAAAAUAUUAUUAAUUCAAUUGACUUGUUCUAUGGACUGCGACGUUUCAGGAGAGAAAAAAAAAAAGAAACGUUCAUCAUAAAUAAAUGUUUUAAAAUAGAGGAUUUAAUUGGUAACCAAAAACAAAAAGGUAUUAUAUGGUUUGUUCAAGU